ACUUCACGCCAGAUCAACAGUUGUUUUUAGCACCAACGUUAACAAAAUGAAAAGCUCCAGUAUGUUACUCGUCAUCGCGACGUUGUUUACCUUUAUAACUGCAUUGAACGUGGAUAUCUUGGCCAAGGCCAACCCCGAACCCGUGUGCAUUCGAGACUUCGUGGGGGAAAACCAAUUGGUUGUCAUCAACAUUAAAACUAAUGGACGUAUUGGAGAUGGCCAACAGCUUAACGUGGUUGUAACCGAUUCGCUUGGAAAUGAACUCCGCAAGAAGAAUGAUAUUGGCACCAGUGCCAGGAUAACCUUCACCAGUUUCCACAGUGCUGCAUUUGAUGUUUGUUUCACCAACGUUUUAGAGACGAAGGUGAAAUACUCUCACUUGUCUAGAGAAGUCGAAUUGGACAUAGAAAGUGGUGCUGCUGCCAGAGACUGGAACGCUAUUCAGGUGGCUGAAAAGUUGAAGCCAAAUGAGGUGGAAUUGCGUAGAGUUGAAGAAAUGACUGCCGAAAUUGCCAGUGAGUUGCAAUACUUGAAGAAGAGAGAGGAGAGGAUGAGAGAUACCAACGAAUCGACCAACUCCAGGGUCAAGUACUUUUCAACAUUGGUGGUGAUUUCUUUGGUUGGUUUGGGUGCUUGGCAAAUCCAAUACUUGAGACAUUACUUCAAGGUCAAGCAUAUUAUCUAAAAAUAGAUACUUUAAUGGUAUUAGUACUUACAUAAUUCAAUGCUAAUGAUAAAAACUUCAAUAACGUAAGGUAGAAUUUUUCCAUGAAGACGUAAAAUCAACUAUCCUUAGCUGGUCCUUUAGCUUUACGGCCUUGGUUCUAUACUCUGGUGUCCAAUCAGAUGUUUGAGCAAGGAAGGAAGAAAAUCGAGAAUUAAUUUUCGUCAAGUUAACUUCAUACUUCGAAAGGAAUGAUGCUUCCACCGUAAAUACGGUCUGUCUGUAAUUCCAAAUCUGUAAGAGCUGGGAAAUAGCACAACAAGUCACUUGGAAAAUAUUCCAGGACUGAAUCAAAGGACCCAAAGAAUCCACCGAAAGUUCGGUCUCCAUAAAUCUCCUAAAUAUAGAAGAAUUAUCAAACACUGCAACAAGAUGACGGGAAAAUUCUUCUUCAGGGUAGUUGACAAAGACUCUAAAGAUAUGGGCUAAGUCCUGGGAAAACUCACCCUUCGUAGUCUGAUGCAAUAACCCUCUUAACAUGAGCACUAUGAAUAAAAACAGUUCCUUAUCAUAAUUGGUGUCAUCAAUGUGGACCAAACUUGCCUUCAAAAACUCUUCUACAGCAGAAGGAUCCAACAGGUUUAAUUUUUUACUCAAUUGGGUUGUGAAGUUAGAGAGUCCCAAUGGAGAUUCUUCAUCCACAAGUUUUUUUGGUUGGUUAUUACCUGAUUCUAUGUAGGAAUAAAUCAAAGACAUGGAGUACAUGGUGUACACAAAUUUAUGUCUAAUUUUAAAGGAGUCUAAUACACAUGAGUUGAUCAAAUCUGAUUUAUUUUUGUUGAGCUUUUUGGCCAAUUCAAGCUCCUUCUCGUAACAAGGGAUUGGUUGCUGUACUCUCAGGGCCCCAUCUAAACCAGAAAAUACCGC